UCUGCUUUAAUAGCACACUACCAGUAAUCUUCAAUUCAGAUUUUUUCCCAACUCGUCUUCGAAUUUUCAGGAAGCUCGAAUCGAUUUUCCGCGACGAUAUCCAAGAUUUUGAGCUCGAACUCGCAGGUACUUGUGGAUUCUGGUUUCUGGAUCGAUUUUUGUUUAAUUUUUGUAGGCGAAAUUCUUUCGAUAUCCAUUUCUUCAUCUCUUUCCCAUUCGUCUUCGAAUUUUCAAGAAGAUUGGAUCGAUUUUCGGUGACCUAUCCAAGAUUCUGAUCUCGAACUCGCAGGUACUAAUGGAGUCUGGUUUCUGGAUUGAUUCUUCUUUAAUAUUCUAGACGAAAUUCUUCCCAAAUCAAUUUUUGGUGAUGAUAUCCAAGAUUCCGAGCUCUAACUCGCAGAGCUGAAAUUCGCAUUCAUGGUUAGAUCUGUCUUGAAGCGACAUCACAGAACAGCAAAAAGAUCAAGGCGGAUAUCAUUGUCCAAGGAUGACGGAACAUCACUGGAGGGAUGAAAUAAAAUCCCUUUUGGGGUCUCAUGUUGCUCCUGAAAAAACUGAACAGCUUGAAGAGACAAAAAAGGAAAUUGAGAAUAAAGCGAAUAGGAUCUUGAAGCUUAUCAAAGAUGAAGGAGAAGAGAGCAAUUUGAACAUAGAGUCACAACUUGUUGACCUCGUCACGGAGUACUGCAAACAGUACAAAUCACUCAACGAACCUCAUGAUGAUCAUACCGCAGAGUUAAAGGGGACAUGUUAUUACCAAGAAGGAACAAUUUUCAGCCAAUAUUCCGAUUCGGAUCCUUCUUCGAAGGAGAAAGCCAGUGGAAGCAUUAAACAACAAAUUGAAGCUGCAAAUGAUAAUGGGAAGAUAUUCUCUGGAGAUCUGCAAGCCAGAGAAGAUCAGUUGAAAGAUGAGAAUUCAACAUUGCAGGAUGGGAAGGAACAGAGAAUAAUAAAUGGUUUACAGUUAGAUCUGGCCUCUUUACAAACCCAGAAAAAGGAACUGGAAGAGCAGUUUGAAGAGAAAAAUUUGAAGCUGCAGUUGGUUCAAACUGAACUACGAGACAAAAUUUUAGAAUUGGAAAGAAUAUCAAAAGAGAAAGAGGAUAAUGAAAGGAAAUUGAAAUUGCAGAUUGCAGGAGAAAAAAAAGAAGCUGAAGGAAGAAACAGUCUGGCGAUGAAAAAGAACAAUGAGCUAGCUAGAGAGGUUGCUGGUCUGCAGAAAGCACUGAAAAAGUCAACUGAAAAGCACAAACAACUUCAGGAUCAGUCUCAGGAGACCUACCUUGAAAAACUUUGCGUGAAAGAUGAGAUGAUUCUAGAAUUAGGAGACAAAAUUUUAGAAUUGGAAAGAAUAUCAAAAGAGAAAGAGGAUAACGAAAGCAAAUUGAAAUUGCAGAUUGCAAGAGAAAAACAAGAAGCUGAAGGAAGAAAGAGUCGGGCAAUGAAAAAGAACAAUGAACUAGCUAGAGAGGUUGCUAGUCUGCAGAAAGCGCUUAAAGAGUCAACUGAGGAGCACAAACAACUUCAGGAUCAGUCUAACGAAACCUACCUGAAAAAACUUCGCGCGAAAGAUGAGAUGAUUGAUACGUCUAUUGAGCUGGCUAAGAAGAUGAAGCAAGAAAUAAUAGUUAGAACCGAAGCGAUUAGAAGGUUACUGGUAGAGAAAAACACAACUGAAUAUAACCUGCGGACCUCAAACAAUAACCUUCAUGCCACAGAACAAUUACUUGCUGAGGAGAAAGAAGUCUACAGAAAACAAGAAGAGAAAUUCGAACAAGAAUGUAAAGAACUCAAGGAGAAAAAUUCCAAAUUGUCAAAUGAGAUUGACACUGCUCAGAGAGAUCUCAUUGAGAUCAGGAGUUCACUGGAGAAGACAAGAAAUUCAUUCUCCGGACUUGAAGUAGUGUUCCAGGAGUUCCAGGAAACUGACAGUUCCUUCCAGAGCCGUAUUGUUGAAGUCUCAGAAGCACUUCGGAUUUUAAAGAACUUGCUUAUGGACAGAAAUGGUAAGAUAAAAGAAUUGGAGAAGAGACUCAACAACAAAGAAGAUGAGGUGCUCAAAAUAGAAGAAGAGAAGUGAUUCAAGGUGCUCAGCAUGUGUACCACUGUAAUCAAAUUGAUGAUCUGAAGGAUGUUUUGAGAUUUUCAUUUCUUUGUCCAGUUUGUCUGUCCACCUCCAAUUUUUUUAUUUUUUUCACUUGUAGGGCAAAUUGGACUUGUUAAUUGAAUUGAGAAAUGGAUACCAAAUCUAGCUUUC